CACGGUUGCACGCAGUUUCCUCCGGCUUUCUCCGCCUCCGGAUACACCGUACCUGAUCUGGGGUCCGAAAGCGUGCAGCCGGGCAGGAUGGGCAGGAGAGCAGAGCCGCGGGGUCUGCAGAGCGAGUGAAGAGCUGUGAGCAGGUCCCGGUGUGCCACGCGGAGCCACGCAGGUGGGCGCGCAGACCCGGCGUCCGACCGCGCGGACGGCAGAGCCCCCGCCUGAGAGCGCGUCGCCUGGCCACUGCUGCCGCGUCGCCUUCUCCCGCGAGGUCGCUAGCGCUGGGCCCGAGCUUCCACCAACGGCACCCAGAGCCCGGCGUCCUCUCCAAUGUUUCAGAAGUCACGCCCGGCGCUGCUGCAGCCUCAAGAUGUCGGAGACAGGGUGGAGACGCUUAUGUUGCAUCCGGUGAUCAAGGCUUUCCUGUGUGGCUCCAUCAGUGGGACCUGCUCCACCCUCCUUUUCCAACCCCUGGAUCUCCUCAAAACGCGUCUGCAGACUCUUCAGCCCUCAGCCCAUGGAUCCGGACGCAUUGGGAUGCUCGCUCUGCUCUUGAAGGUGGUUCGUACGGAGAGUAUUCUGGGCCUUUGGAAAGGGAUGUCCCCUUCUAUCGUGAGGUGUGUCCCUGGCAUUGGCAUCUACUUCGGCACUCUCUACUCCUUGAAGCAGUACCUCCUGCGAGGCCACCCCCCCACGGCCCUGGAGUCGGUCAUCCUGGGAGUGGGCUCUCGCUCGGUUGCAGGGGUCUGCAUGUCACCCAUCACUGUGAUCAAGACACGUUACGAGAGCGGGAGGUACGGCUAUGAGAGCAUCUAUGCAGCCCUGAGGAGCAUCUAUCGCAGUGAGGGGCGCCGGGGACUCUUCAGCGGCCUGACGGCAACACUCCUUCGUGACGCACCCUUUUCUGGAAUCUACCUGAUGUUCUACAACCAGACCAAAAACAUCAUGACCCAUGGAUUAUGGGCUGCGUGGCUUCUUCCAAGGCGGCGUCCCCCGGGCCCUCCGCAGAGCUCUGAUGGCAGCCAUGGCGUGGACCGUGUAUGAAGAAAUGAUGGCCCAGAUGGGCCUGAAGUCCUGACCGAGGGGGACUGGGAAAAGAUGGGCUCCAUUGCCCUGUUGACCUCCCUGGCUCUUGCCAAGGGCUGCUUUGUCUCACUGUCCUGGAGUUAAGAUGAAAGCCAGGCAGAUGUGUCCCCUUCCAUUACCCAGUUGGAACAGAGAAUAGAUGGGCCUGACUCAAGCCUUCAGAAUCUCCCCAAAGAGGAGUUACUGAUGCCUACGGCACACAGGGAGUUAGAAGAAGGGCUUGCACAUCCUGCCAGACUACUUGAAAAGGCAUUUCUGGAAAGAGCUCUGUCAGGUGCCUCCGCCACCCACCGACGUUAGGCUGCCUGUUUGGAUCUGUUCUUGGGCAAGGCAUCGCACAGCCAGAGUUGCUGUGGCUGAAGAGCUCCAUCGGGGGAAGCCGGGUCCACGGAGAGAGGGGUUCUUGUCACCAGGCUGUAGUCUGUGUCUGGGAUGCUGGUAGGAUGAGGAAGAAAAGAUGUCAUUACUUAAUUGGCUACUAAUCCCCUUCUCAGAGGCCCUGAAGAAGUGGGGAGAGUGGCUUCUUAGCCUGUAAGUGUCCAGAUAACUAAUUUUGGUUUUGGCCUCUGCACUGUUUCAAUUCCAAAUUGUUCUGGCAUUUUCCUGUAGCUAAAGUUCGCAUAAAUAAAAGUGAAGCACUUUAUCAUUGAAAACUGGAAAACCUAAAUAGUGUCCUUCCUGUGUUCUAAAAUAACCCAGUCGUCUAAGGUGGCUGGUUCUUGACCCAUAUAGGUCCUAAAAUCUAAACGUUUUUUAAAACAGCUUUAUUUUACACAUUGUAUAAUUCACACAUUUCAAAUAAGCCAUUUAAUGAUUUUUAGUAACUUUACUGAGUGGUGCAACCAUCACUAUGAAUCCGUUUUAGAACACAUUCAUCCCCCAAGAAGAGCUUGGAUUUACAAUUAAUCCUCAUUCUGAGCCCCUGCCCUCGGCCACGGCCACCAUUGAUCUGCUUUCUGUCUAUAAUUUGCCUUUACUGUACACUUCAUAA